AUGGGCAUUCCACAUGUAUUGGCUAUACCCUACCCUGCACAAGGCCAUGUGAUACCUUUAAUGGAGGUUUCACUGUGGCUAGUAAAAAAUGGCGUCAAAGUCACAUUUGUGAACACCGAUUUCAAUCACAAUAGAGUUGUCAAGGCAUUUUCAAAUUCAGACGACAUUCAAGAACUGGUAAACAUGGUUUCAAUCCCAGAUGGGCUAGAAUGUUGGGAUGACAGAAAUGAACUUGGAAAGUUGACAAAAUCCAUUUUUAGUGUCAUGCCAGGGGAGCUGGAGGCUCUUAUUACCAAGAUAAAUCGGUCGGAAAACGACGAAAUAUCAUGCGUUGUUGCGGACGAGAGCAUGGGAUGGGCAUUUGAGGUUGCUGAGAAGAUGAAACUCAGAAGAGCAGCCUUCUGGCCAGCCACAGCAGCACUGUUGGGGUUGGGAUUCAGCAUCCCAAAGAUACUAGAUGAGGGGAUUGUAGACAGUAAUGGAAGGCCACUGAAAAACCAGAUGAUUCAGUUGUCACCAAAAAUGCCAGCCAUGAACUCUAUGCACUUUAUUUGGACUUGUAUAGGCGAUCAAGCAACGCAGAAAAUCAUUUUCGAUGUUUUUGUGAAGAACAAAAAAUCUGUCAAAUUGGCAGAUUGGAUAAUAUGCAACUCAUCGGAGGAUUUAGAGCCUGGUGCAUUUUCCUUGUUUCCAAAUAUUCUCCCAAUAGGCCCUCUACUGGCAAGCAACCGGCUUGGAAAAUCAGCAGGUUAUUUUUGGCCCGAGGACAAUGCCUGCCUCGACUGGCUCAAUCAGAAGCCAAAGAAUUCUGUCAUAUACGUUGCAUUCGGUAGUUUCACUGUAUUCGACCAGACUCAAUUCGAGGAACUGGCUCUCGGGCUAGAACUAACGAAUAGGCCUUUUCUGUGGGUUGUUCGAUCGGAUUCAACAGACAAGGCGGAUAAACCUUACCCGAAAGGAUUCCAAGACAGAGUACAUAGUCGAGGAAAAAUGGUAGGGUGGACGCCUCAGCAACGGGUUCUAUCUCAUCCUUCCAUUGCCUGUUUCAUUAGCCAUUGUGGAUGGAAUUCUACCAUUGAAGGAAUAAGCAAUGGAAUCCCAUUUUUGUGUUGGCCUUAUUUUGCUGACCAGUUCCUUAAUGAAAGCUACAUUUGUGAAGAUUGGAAGGUGGGAUUAGGAUUCAAGAAAGAUGAAAACGGAGUCAUCAGUCAGGAAGAAAUCAAGAAUAAGAUAGAACAAAUUCUUGAAGAUAAAAGAUAUAAAGAAAGAGCAUUGAAUCUUCAGAAAAAGACUAUGGACAAUGUUAGAGGAGGGUGUUCUUACAAGAAUUUCAUUAACUUUAUAGAAUGGAUUAAGGAUGAGAAAAAGUAG